GCGCCCCCGACUCUGCCACCGCGGUCCGGACUGAGAGGUGUUCGGGCAGCUCGCCCGCCGCUACGCCAGCACAGCGGGGCAGAGAACAUGUCAGAGACAAGACUCAUGGCCAGAGACCUCAUCAAGACUGUCCUGCAUGACCAGGUUCCCCGACCUCCAGUGGCUCCUGGGACUCCCAACAUGAAGGAGCCUGUGGAAGAAGAAAACAGUCCCAUGAGAGACUUGGACCUCGUGGAGUGCCUGGAGGCCAGAGACCAGGUGGCCCUGAGGCUGGCCUACAUUGGUGAUGAGAUGGACCUGUGUCUUCAGGGGCCCCGCCUGGCCCAGCUGCCUGGGAUUGCCAUGCACAGACUCGCUGUCUCCUACAGCCAGGUGGGUGUGAGGGGGAUUUUCAGAAGCCUGAUUCGAGGCCUCACCAACCUCAGGGAAAACAUCUGGUCCUGGAGAGUCCUGACUCCUGGCACCUGGGUGUCACCUGACCAGGCCCGAGGACAGCUGUUUCCCAUGGUGCUGUUGGUCCUCUUGCUGCUGGGGGAGGCUUUACAUUUGCAGCUUCAGUGAAGCCCAGCAGGGUCAGGGCCGGUCCCUGCCCCUCAAUCACCCCCUAGAGGUGCCGGCACCCUAACUGUGGUGUUUUCUAACUGUCCCCUUUUUUAUAUUUAACUCAGGAUAGUGCUGAGAUUUCAUACAGGUUUUCUGUUUUUUUUUUUUUUUUUUUUGUAAGGCAAAUGAAUUCACUAUAUCUCAGGGGCAUUACUGGCUAAAUGCCCUUGAGGCCUGGCUGGCCCCUCUCUUGACCCCUGCCUGCCUUUCUCUCUGCAGGCUGGUCCUGUGGCCACCAGUAGGGGGAGUGCUGGCCACACCCCUGUUUGGGAAGCCUUGAGGCACAGAAUCUACUGGAUUAGAUUCCUUGGGGUGGAGAGUUCAAUAAAGUGAAUCAAGUGUUGUUUUCAGA